CAAAUGUCGCUUUCGUUCCCAACUUCUCUUCUUCUUCCUCUCUCUCUCUCUCCGCGUUAUUUCCUUUUCGUCUUUCGUCUGCCAACUACCUGACGUCUCCGCGUUCUUUUAUCCCCACAUACUCUCCCACCUCCGAAUCCAAUCCCACCCUAAAUCUAACCCUAUCUUCGAAAGCCCUAAUUUUCGCUGGCUGGCCAUGGUAGAGAACGACGGCAAGUGACGGCGGCGGAAGUGGGAAGGGAGUGGUAGAGAGGUUUCCAACUGGAAUGGCCUCUGAGAACGGAGAGGAUAAGCUGCUCGCCGCCGUCCGACACAUCGCCAAGACGCUGGGGCGGACGGAGACUAUGGCCGAUGACAUCCUCCAGAUCUUCUCCACCUUCGACGGCCGCUUGUCCCGCGAGAAGCUUUCCGAGAAGCAGCACGACGACGGCAGCCUCGGCGAUGGUGGAGGUGGGGGCGUCGCCGCGGGCGAUGACCGCCUAUCGCUCUCGUCCAUGAACCGGACGCUCCGGUAUCUGGACCACCAGAUCUCCCGCUUCGUAACCUCUGACCGGUUGAUCUGGUCCGACUCCGCCGACGCGUCGGCGUUUCUCGAGGCCGUCGACGAUCUUUUGGACACGAUCCAUGACCUCGACCCGCCGGCGCCGGGGAACAAGCCGCUGCUCGACCGGGCGGAUGAUCUGCUCCAGAAAUGCAUGCUCCGGCUCGAGGACGAGUUCCGCUCGCUGAUCGAGCGAUCAGACGGUGGAUCGCCGUUGGAUGCGCCGGCGGCGGGGUCGUCGCCUUUCGAUUCGGACGGAGAGAAUAGCGACGGAGACGACGGCCAGGUCCCAGUGGCUCACCCAGUCAAGGACUACGACCUCAUCAUCGACGCCCUCCCGCCAGGGACCGUCUCCGACCUCCACGAGAUCGCGCGGCGGAUGGUGGUUGCCGGCUUCGGCCGGGAGUGCGCCGAGGUCUACGCUCUCGCCCACCGGGAUUUCGUCGAGGAGAGCGUCGCCCGGCUAGGUAUCCGCCACCGUACCGCCGAGGAGGUCCAGGGCACACCUUGGGCUGACCUCGACGACGAGAUAGCCCGUUGGCUCAAAGCCAUCAACAUGGUCUUCCGCAUCCUGAUUCCCAGCGAACGCCGCCUCUGCGACCGGAUCUUCGCCGGCCUGUCCCCCUUCGCUGACCUCGCUUUCGCCGCCGUCUCCCGCGCUUCGGCGAUCCAGCUCCUCUCCUUCGCCGACGCCGUCGCCAUCGGGAACCGAGCACCAGAACGCCUUUUUCGGGUCGUCGACAUGUACGAGGCCGUGCGGGACCUCUUCCCGGACCUCGACCCCCUCUUCUCCGACCAGUACUCCACCUUCCUCCGGACGGAGGCCGCCACCCUCUCGAAGUCCCUGGCGGCGGCGAUCCGGGGAAUCUUCAUGGAACUGGAGAACCUGAUCCGGCGAGAUCCGGCGCGUGCGGCCGUGCCCGGUGGAGGCCUCCACCCGAUCACCCGCUACGUGAUGAACUACCUCCGGGCGGCGUGCGCCUCCCGGCGAACCCUCGAGGAGGUCAUGGAGGAGGACACCGGAACCGCCUCUCCGCCCGAUCCGGACCGUCCGUCCUCCUCCCUCGCUGUCCAGAUCGCGUGGAUCAUGGACGUCCUCCAAGGGAAUCUCGAGGUGAAGUCCAAGAUCUAUCGCGAGCCGUCGCUGAGCUGCAUCUUUCUGAUGAACAACGGGCGGUACAUCAUCCAGAAGGUGCGGGACAGCGAGCUGAGUGUACUCCUCGGGGAGGAGUGGAUCAGACGGCAGAUGGCGAGGGUCCGACGGUGGGGGAACGAGUACCAGAGGGCCACGUGGAGCAAGGUGAUCGCGGUGCUACGGACGGACGGUGCGACCGGGUCGGCGUCGGUGGCGGCGAAGGCGAUGCGCGAGCGGCUCCAGGUUUUUAACUCGUAUUUCGACGAGAUUUAUCGGUCGCAGACCGGGUGGGUGUUGGCGGACGAGCAGCUGAAGGCGGAGCUCAGGAUAUCGGUGUCGGAGCUGGUGCUGCCGGCGUAUCGGAAUUUCUUGGCCCGGUACCGGAACGCCGCGGAUUCGGGGAAGUACGCGGAGAAGCACGCCAGGUACAGCGAGGAGGACGUGGAGGCAAGGAUUGGGGAGUUGUUCGAGGGAACGGGGAAGAGAUCGUAGGGGAUUAGGCAUAGAAAAUAGCUGUUUCAGUUAUAUUGUAAUCAAAUGUAACUGUGUGUACAAUGUUUGUUGGUAUUUGAAGCUAGUUUGGAUUGUAGCAAUUGGGAUGUAAUUGCUGUGUGUAUAUUAGGGGUGGAAGGAAUGCCCUAAGAGAUACUACUUUGUGAAAUUUGUUAUGAUUUAUUUGUAGACUAUUUUUUCGAUCCUCA